AUGGAAAACAAAACAGACAUGGCAAUAUUUCACCAUAACAUCUUGUUUAUUGAGGGAUUGAUAGUUACGGAGCAAACCUUCUAUCCAGCCUUCAUCCUUUUUCUCCUAGCCUAUGUCUUCAUCAUGGUGUCUAAUAUUGGACUGCUUGUCCUCAUCACUAUGGGGAAAACCCUUCAUGAGCCUAUGUAUAUUCUACUCUGUAAUUUACCAGUAAACAAUGUACUGGGUGCCUCUGUUUUGAUACCUCGUUUGCUUUAUGAUGUUGUCAAGCCAACAUCAGAGAGAUACAUCACCUUCUCCGAAUGUGUAAUUCAAGCGUAUAUAGCUCAUGUGUUUGGGACAACCUCUCACACUGUGCUGAUGAUCAUGGCUUAUGACAGAUAUGUGGCCAUAUGCAACCCCUUAAGAUAUCUCACUAUCAUGACCAACAAAAUGGUGAUUAAACUGACUGUAUUUGCCUGGGGAGUGGCAUUUGUUUUGGUGGGAAUUCUGUUGGGCCUUACCGUUCGCCUCUCCCACUGUAGAUCAGCCAUCGAAAAUCCCAGUUGUGAUAACCCAUCUCUGUUUAAGCUGUCUUGUGAGGAUCUGUUAAUUAACCAGAUAUAUGGCUUAGCUUUUACUGCGGUGCUGUGGGCUUCCUCGAUAGGCAGCAUCGCUCUCACGUAUGUAAGAAUAGCUGAGGUGUGUUUGCGCAGCAAGAACAGUGCUUUGAACAGUAAAGCUGUGACAACAUGCAGUACUCAUUUACUUGCGUACAUUAUCGUCCUGUGUUGUGGUUUCAUUAUCAUUGUUCUCCACCGUUUCCCUGACUACACAUUCCACAGGAAGAUGGCUGGCAUCAUGAUUAAAGUUGUUCCACCUGGUUUGAACCCUAUUAUCUAUGGCCUACAAACAAAAGAAAUAAAACAGAAAAUUUUGAACAUAUUUGGUAAAAAUAGGUUGAAUGCAUUGUAA